AUGAGCCCGACCACACACUGGGGAGAGAAGUUCCUGAAUCUGCGGGUGCCCCCCGCCGGGGUAUUUGUUGUGGCUUUCCUUGCCCGAGUGGCCCUGGUUUUCUAUGGGGUCUUCCAGGACCGGACCUUGCUAGUGAGGUAUACAGACAUCGACUACCAGGUCUUCACGGACGCCGCGCGUUUCGUCACGGAGGGGCGCUCCCCUUACCUCAGGGCGACAUACCGAUACACUCCCCUGUUGGGGUGGCUACUCACUCCCAACAUCUAUCUCAGUGAACUGUUCGGAAAGUUUCUCUUCAUCAGCUUCGACCUCUUCACCGCAUUCCUCCUAUACCGGCUACUGCUUCUUAAGGGCCUGGGUCGCCGCCAGGCUUGCGGGUACUGUGUCUUUUGGCUUCUUAAUCCCCUACCUAUGGCGGUGUCCAGCCGAGGCAAUGCGGACUCGAUUGUCGCCUCCCUGGUGCUUAUGACCCUGUACCUAAUAGAAAAAAGACUGGUCGCGUGUGCCGCUGUAUUCUAUGGUUUCGCAGUGCACCUGAAGAUGUAUCCGGUGACCUAUAUCCUUCCCAUUGCCCUCCACUUGCUUCCGGAACGCGACAGUGACGAAGGUUUCCCUCAAUCCCGAUAUUCUUUCCAGGCUCGUUUGUACGAAUUCCUGAAAAGGUUGUGUCAUCGGGCUGUGCUGCUCUUCGUAGCAGUUGCUGGACUCACGUUUUUUGCCCUGAGCUUCGGUUUUUAUUACAGAUAUGGUUGGGAAUUUUUGGAGCACGCCUACCUUUAUCACCUGACCAGGCGAGAUAUCCGACACAACUUCUCUCCAUACUUCUACAUGUUGUAUUUGACCGCAGAGAGCAAGUGGAGUUUUUUCCUGGGAAUUGCCGCAUUCCUGCCGCAGUUCAUUUUACUUUCAGCAGUGUCUUUCGCCUAUUACAGAGACCUUGUCUUUUGUUGUUUUCUUCAUACGUCAAUUUUUGUGACAUUUAACAAAGUCUGCACCUCCCAGUACUUUCUUUGGUACCUCUGCCUCCUGCCCCUUGUGAUGCCACUAGUGAGAAUACCUUGGAGAAGAGCUGUGGUUCUCCUGAUGUUAUGGUUCAUCGGGCAGGCCUUAUGGCUGGCUCCUGCUUAUGUUCUUGAGUUUCAGGGAAAGAACACCUUUCUGUUUAUCUGGUUAGCCGGUUUGUUCUUCCUCCUUAUCAACUGUUCCAUCCUCAUUCAAAUCAUUUCCCAUUACAAGGAGGAACCCCUGACAGACAGAACCAAAUAUGACUGA